AUGAAUCUAAGCUUAGAAAAAUUUAUCGAUGGCUUUAACGAAUUUUUAUUACAUGAAUCUGAGGAGAAAGGCAUCAUUGAGUUUGGGAAAGGAGCCCGUGACUUUUAUGAAGAACCACUUGACUUUAACGAUAAAGAGUUCAUGGAAAUAAUGAUACUUGAUGAAAAGGAAGAAAAAGAGAUUGAACCGGAAAUUCAGGAAAUUCCUGCAGCAACAGCUCUCUCAGAAGCAGGAGUUAAAUUUGAAAGGGGCUCGGAUAAUAAUCUAAUGAACAUCAAAUUUAAAGAUGGGGUUUUAACAAUUCCAGAACUAGCAGUUGCAGAGUUGACCGAACCAUUAUUCAGGAACCUCAUCGCCUUUGAGCAGUGCUAUCAUGGUCGUUCUCAGCAAAUAACAUCUUACGCCGUUUUCAUGGACAAACUCAUCAAUUCCGACAAGGAUAUAAAGCUUCUUUCUAAGAAAAAAAUCUUAGCUAACUGGCUGAGCGUCGAAGAUGGUUCUAACUUCUUUAACAAGCUUUACACUGACACCGUUGUCAAAGAGUUCCACUAUGACAAACUCUGCGCUGAAGUGAAUAAAUAUUACCAGGUUGGAUGGCACAAGCAGUUAGAAAUAUUGAGGCGCGACUACGUUGCUAACCCCUGGACAAUCAUUUCUUUGAUUGCAGGAAUUAUCCUUCUGGUUCUUACCUUAUUGCAGACCAUAUUUACCAUUUAUCAAUAG